UUCGCAGAGUUCGCGUUGGAUUCUAUUAGGUAUUGAGUCAUAUGGUCGGCCAACGGAACGCCGAUAUAUACUGAAUCACCCGAAGUGAGUCACGGUGGCAGUGUCAUGGUCAGUACAACAUGUAAGUACGCAGAUACCCCAUCUUAGAUAACCGUCAAGAUUGGAAUACGCUACUAUAGAGAGUAUAUCAAACAAUCGAUGCGAGGUGACUUACUUGCACGACGUGCCAACCAAAAAGCAAUCAAAGCUUAAAGUUGUCGAGGUCCACGACCAUACUGAUAAGCCGAUCAAUUGGGCGCUUAUCGGAACCUCACCACGUGAUCUGCACCCGACGGAUGACAUAAGCCACGCACGGGAAAGUUUCCCCUCCACCCCGCCGAUAAGUCCAAUCUUUUGUCGUUCAGCACCGUCACCACGCGACCUUUGUCCUCCUAUCCUCGAUUCCUUUAGACCAAUCGCCCAUCAUGACGGACGCUGUCGUUGAAGCGACGGCCAAGCUUCAGCUCGAUGAGGAGACCGGGGAGAUGGUCUCCAAGGGAGAGCUGAAGAAGCGGUUGCAGAAGCGUGCCAAAAAGGCGGCGAAGGCGGCCAACGCGGCCGCUGCUCCCAAGCAAACCGCGGCCACCCCCAAGCCUGCGGCCACCCCCAAGCCCGAGGAGGAGCAGAUCGACCCGGAUGCCAUGUUCAAGCAGGGUUUCCUGGCUGCGGUCCACAAGGAGCGGCCUGUUGUGCCGUUGACGCGCUUCCCCCCGGAGCCCAAUGGAUACUUGCAUCUGGGUCACGCCAAGGCGAUCGCUGUCAACUUUGGUUUCGCUAGACAUUAUGGUGGAAAGACGGUACGUUCGAUUCUUAGAUUCGAUGAUACCAACCCGGAGGCUGAGGAGGAGAAAUACUUUGUGGCUAUUGAGGAGAUUAUCCAGUGGCUAGGCUUCAAGCCCGCCGCUAUCACCCACUCGAGCGACAACUUCCAGAAGCUCUACGACCAGGCUGAGAAGUUGAUCACCAUGGGCAGAGCCUACGUUUGCCACUGCAGCGACACCGAGAUCAAGCUCCAGCGCGGAGGAGAGAAUCACGGCCCCAGAUACCGCUGCAAGCACGCCGAGCAGGAUGUCGAGACAAACCUCCAGAAGUUCCGGGAUAUGAAGGCUGGCAAAUACGAGCCCCAGACCGCUUUCCUGCGCAUGCUCCAGGACAUUGAGGACCCCAACCCUCAAAUGUGGGAUCUGGCCGCAUACCGCAUCCUCAAGCAGGAGCACUUCCGCACCAAGAACGAGUGGUGCAUUUACCCCACCUACGAUUUCGCCCACUGUCUGUGUGAUAGUUUCGAGAACAUUACGCACAGUCUCUGCACGACCGAAUUCCAGCUUUCCCGCACUUCCUACGAGUGGCUGAACAGCACCCUGGGCGUCUACGAGCCCAUGCAGCGCGAAUACGGUCGCCUGAACGUUAGUGGAACCGUCAUGUCGAAACGUAAGUUGAAGAAACUGGUGGACGACGGAUACGUCCGCGGCUGGGAUGAUCCCCGCCUGUACACACUGAUUGCUCUGCGCCGCCGUGGUGUGCCCCCCGAGGCGAUCCUCUCCUUCAUCAACGAACUCGGUGUGACGACUGCUCUCAGUCUGAUCAAGAUCUCGCGCUUCGAGCAGACUGUCCGGACAUACCUUGAGAGCCGUGUUCCCCGGUUGAUGCUUGUGAUUGACCCCGUUCCGGUGGUCAUCGAGGACUUCGAGACGGUUGAGGAUGGUCAGCUCAACUGCGAUAUUCCUUUCUCUCCCAAGAACCCUGCUAUGGGCACUCACGAGAUUCGCCUGACCAAGACCAUUUACAUCGAUCGGUCGGAUUUCCGCGAGGAGGAUGCCAAGGGCUACUUCCGUCUGGCCCCCGGAAAGAGCGUCGGUCUCUGGCGCGCACCCUACCCCGUCAAGGCCACCACUUUCACCAAGGAUGCUGACGGUAAGGUCACCGAGAUUCGGGCUGUUUGGGAUAAGGAGGGCGGCAAGCCCAAGACCUACAUCCAGUGGGUCCCAGAUAACUCGCGCAAGGUGGAGGUCCGUAUCCACGACCCGCUUUUCAAGUCGGAGGACCCCGGUGCUGCUGAGGGUGGCUUUUUGAACGAUAUCAACCCCAACAGUGAGACCAUCUACAAGGAUGCUCUGAUCGAGGCGGGCUUCGAUGAGGUCCGUCGGAGGGCUCCUUGGCCGGAGGCUGCCGGCGAGAAGGAGAAGGGCAAGAGUGGACCGGAGAGUGUCCGUUUCCAGGGCAUGCGUGUGGCCUACUUCGCUGUCGAUUCGGAUUCCACGGAAGACCGCGUCGUGCUGAACCGCAUCGUGUCUCUGAAGCAGGAUGUUGGGCGCAACUAGAUGCUGGGCAAGUAUGCUUGAGAACGUGAUAGACAUGCGGAAGCGGCGCUGCCCGAUGUUCUUCAGGUGCGAGAUUACGGGACUGCACGACCCUGAUAGCCGUCUAUAGUACCUGCAUGGGUAGUGAGGCGCUAGUUAUCACCCUGCAGAAAUGUGGGCGCAUGACUGGGUGAGAAGCUUGGUCUGUUGAAUGGUGUGUUUUUAGCGUGAUGAUUCUUAUGCAGAGUUGAGGAGUGCCAAGGUGUUGAUAAGGUACCAUGCAGGAUUCAGAUAGUCAUAAAUGAAGUUAUAAAUGAAUAGGCAGGGGAGUUAUAUCAGC